AUGAUCGUCUUCUUCCACGGCGGCGGGUUCGCGUUCCUCUCCGCGGCGUCCCCGGCCUACGACGCCGCCUACUGCCGCAUCGCGCGGUACGCCUCCGCGGCGGUGCUCUCCGUCGACUACUGCCGCGCCCCGGAGCACCAGUUCCCGGCGCCCUACGACGACGGCCUUGCUGCGCUCCGCUUCCUCGACGACCCCAGGAACCACCCGCCGCUCCUCCCGCUGGACGUCGCCCACUGUUACGUCGCCGGCGACAGUGCCGGUGGCAACAUCGCGCACCAUGUGGCCCGCCGCUACGCGCUGGACCCGGCGUCCUUCAGGAACGUCCGCCUCAGGGGCCUCGUCGCCAUCCAGCCCUUCUUCGGCGGCGAGGAGCGCACCGACUCCGAGCUCCCACUACUAGAAAACAGGAGCAUGGGCAAGGACGUGCGCGUGGCCGAGUACCCGGACGCCAUCCACGCAUUCUACGUCUUCCUGUUCCCUGUGUUCGAAGACACACGGGACUUCAUCAUACGCAUCGCCGAGUUCGUCGCCGAGAGCGCGCCGGCGGCGGCGGCGAGUGAGCAACCGUAG